AAUUUUUUUACGGUAGUCGCCAAUUUUAUUUCAGUCUCGGGUUAUAAAUAUUUGACAAUGCAAUAGUGCCUGAGAUGGAAUCUUUGUUUAUAUUAUGACUGAUGGUCGAACAAUUUUCUCAAAAAUGGGGCUUAGAAAAAUUCUUCACUGUUUCGUCGUCGUAACAUAUGGUAUUGUAUCAAUUUCUUCAGUUAAUUAUAGAGCAUCAAGAUGUCCACCAACUUAUUACAGACUUCACGAUAGAUUGUGCUAUAAAAUCAGCUCAAAUCCCGUAUUUUGGACAGCAGCAAAUCGUGCCUGUACACGAGACAAGGGCUCCCUUAUGACUAUGAAAUCUGCAGUCGAUGUUGAUAACCUCCGACAAAUUAUGAGCCGUUCGCAACAAGUGACAGGAUCAGCAUUUAUAGGUAUUAUUGACAGAGGUGAUGGCGCAGGCUACGCCAACUUAGAUGAAACCAAUAUUCCAAAUCCUUUUUGGGAAGAUCAUACUUCUCCUAUUCCACAACAACUUGGGGAUCCGAGAUGUGGGUAUAUCGAAUUUCCUGGCAAUGGAGAAUGGAAAUCUGGCGCUUGUGGCGCAAGGAGAAAAUACAUAUGUUCCUAUGUGCCAAUGGAUAUUCAACAGCGAACCGCCGCCAAAAAGCAAAUAAGAUGUCACGUGUGCCAUGGAGAAUCUUCAAAUCAACGAUGUAAUGCCCGAGGAACAGUUUUAUGUCCACCAAAUGCGGGUUCUUGCCAAAACGAGGUACGAGUUGUCAAUGGAAAGAAAACAAUUACUAAACGAUGUAAACAGACGAGAGCGUGCAUGAAUAAUUUUCUUCAAAAUUCUAAAGCGAUGUGGCUCGAGGCUCAAUGUAAACCCGGAAAGGGAAAGGGAAGCAGUGUGUGUAGAUGUUGCUGCGAAGGAAACGGAUGCAACGCUGAAGAACUGCCUUGUCUAGCAAAGGGGUGUGAUCCUAUACGAGUUCCAAAAGAUGGUCGUAUAAAAUGUACAGAUCAGUAUAUGGUUGGAUCCCUGUGUACGUUUUCUUGUGAUUUCGGAUUUAGCAUUCAAGGAAGUAAAGCAACUCGAUGUACAGGAGAAACAGGAUGGACAUCACCCGUACCCGAAUGCAUACGUACGCAGUGUGCACCAAUCAUGACAGCACCCGAUAAUGGGAGCGUUGUAUGCACUAACAUUAAUUUUGGAGCAUCGACGUGUAGAUUUAAAUGCGACUACGGAUAUUAUCUCCGAGGACUUUCUCUAACAACUUGUCUUGGAACUUCUCGAUGGAGCGUUGAACGUCCAACCUGUCAUUUGAUAACGUGCGAUAGACCCCUAAAACAGCCAGAGAAUGGACGAAUUGUCAAUCGAAGCCCGGGAAUAUUUGGUGAAAUAACAACAUUUGAAUGUGUCGAAAAAUAUUUCAUGGUUGGAAAUCCAGGGAUUCGAUGCACGGAUAGAAAUUUAGAUGGAAUCGGCGAAUGGACAAAUAAAGAACCAACAUGCAGACUUAUACAAUGCUCGGCUUUAAAAAAGCCGCUAAACGGGAGAGUAGAUACAACGACUCAAAACAACGAAGUUGGAACGCUGGCAACAUUUAAUUGCAAUGAGGGGUACUUUCUAGUGGGCAACCCUACUUUAAUUUGUGAAGGUCCUACCAAGAUUGGUUUUGGUAAAUGGAGCGGAAAAGAGCCUAAAUGUGCAGUUAUCAAAUGCCCAAAAGUGACUGCACCUAUCAACGGAGAAGAAAUUCAGUCAACAACAUCGACACCACGGUAUGGAACUGUGAUCACCUUCACUUGUAAAUUUGGAUAUUUUCGAAAUGGGGCUGAAACGUCCAUCUGCGUUGAUCAAAAUGGAGAUGGGAAAGGAGAAUGGACGAAUAAAGUACCUACAUGUAAACAGAUCGUUUGCCUGCCAAAUUUGAAGCCACCAACCAACGGUCGAUUUGUCCGGAACGGUGGUUCAGCUUUAUCAACGACAUCCGAGUUCGCCUGCGAUCGGGGAUAUUUCCUCUUAGGAACUUCGAGAAUUACUUGUCAGGAUGAAAACAACGACGGCGCUGGAGAAUGGAGCCAAAGUUUGCCAACAUGCAGACAAAUUAAGUGUGAGCCGUUUUUCGGUGUUCCAAGUAAUGGUGGAAUGAUUUGCUCAAAGGAGAAUGAUUUUGGAACAAAUUGUCAGUUUUCGUGUGAUACCGGAUUCUUUUUGUCUGGAUCUACAUCAUCAUCAUGUGUUGAUGACAACGGAGAUGGUGUGGGCGAAUGGAGAAAUCCAGUACCCACUUGUGAACCAAUCGUAUGUUCUUGGCCACUAAGUCCUUCGGUACAUGGAAGUGUUUCGUGCUCGGAGGAAAAUUUGCACGGAUCGGAGUGUGAGUUUAAAUGUGAAGAGGGCUAUUGGCUGAAAGACUCUGAUCUUCUUGUAUGCGAAGGAGACGGCAGCAGAAAAGAUGGAAAAUGGUCAAGAAAUCCUCCAAUCUGUUUUGAAAUAAACUGUGACAGACCACUCAUGCCACCGGAAUUCGGAUCAGUAUCUUGUGACAACAGGCAAAAGUUUGGAUCAGCAUGCACAUUCUCUUGUGAGACAGGUUAUCAUCUUGUUGGCGACUCUAAAUCUGUUUGUCGUGACGUCGAUAAUAACGGGAAAGGUGAAUGGAGCGGAAACAACCCAUCUUGUAAAGAAUCCAGUUGUCGCCCGUCAUUUAAUGAAAUUAAGUUUGGAAAAGUUACCUGCAGUAAUGAGAAUGGAUAUGGAAGUUUAUGCCAAUUCCAGUGCAAUCCGGGAUACAAGUUGAGCGGAGAGGAAACUGUUUCAUGUGGCGAACCAAGAACUGAAUUACGAGCUACAUGGAGCAGCGUUAAACCAAAAUGUGAAGUACGUCGAUGUUCCGAACCGAAAAAUCCAGUUGGUGGAAAAGUGGUCUGUAGCGAUGACUCAGUGCUGGGAAGCGUAUGUACGUUCUCAUGUGAUGCUGAUAGAUAUCUCAAUGGAAAAGGUAGAAAGACAUGCAUAACUGAAGAUUCCAACCCAGGGUCUGAUGUAAUUUGGAAUGACCCAGUUCCUAUUUGUCAGAUGAUCACCUGCAAAGAACUGGAGUCAACUUCCGACCUUCUCACUAUUAAAUGCACCAACUCCCAACUUUCCCUCGGUACCGUCUGUGCAUUUGAUUGCAAGGAAGGAUAUUCAUUAGUCGGCAAAGGAGUAACUCAAUGUGCAGAACCGACUUCCCGAGAUGUAGGAACUUGGACAAAUUCUCUGCCAACUUGUCAACGAAUAAAAUGCCAGCCAGAAAGUUUAAGUCCGUUGAACGGAACUGUGGAAUGUACCGAUGGAAACUUCUACGGUAGCGUAUGUACUUAUCAAUGUGGUUACGGUUAUAUUUUGAUUGGAGAAAGUACUAGAAAAUGUCUAGAAGAUUCAGCCUGGGACAAUUUAGAACCGGAAUGCGCGACAUUGACCUGUGACCCCCGCAUUGAACCGCCUGAGAAUGGAAUAUCAACUUGUUCCAAUGAGAAUUACAUUGAUAGCGUUUGUCAAUCAUUCUGCAACUUGGGUUACAAUAUGGAUGGAGAAAUUAAUAGUCGAUGUGUUAUAAAAGACGAUGGAACCUUGAAAUUUACAAAUCCGUCUCCGACCUGCACACCAAUCUAUUGUGAUGACAUUGCCGGCCCAAUAGAAGGCGGAAAUAUACUAUGUGGGAUCGGACAAGGAAACGUUGAGGGUAACAGAUACGAUACAACUUGUUUCUUAUCAUGCAGUAAUGGGUGGAGAGCUAUUGGGUCAACUCGAACAACUUGCCUUGGAUUUGGAGAAUGGGAAGGCGGUAUUGGAAGAUGCGAAAAAAUAAUCUGCCAACCUCCACUUGGAAAACCACCUAGAGGAGACGUUGCUUGUAACAGACGAGAAAACAUACCAGGAACUGCUUGUACUUUCAAGUGUAAUCCGGGAUUACAACUUGACAGGAAUGGAGUAAUAACCUGUCAAGAUAAUGGCCAAUGGAGUAGUGAACCUCCUGCUUGCGUAUCUCCAUGAAUAUCUUCAUUUCUAAUCUUUUUUAUUUAUAAUCUGAAUUGUACCUGUUCAACAUCGUUGAUAAGUUCGCCAAGCAAAUCUUUUAGUGUCAACUCAAGAAGGCAGAUGCUAUUCACUGUGCUCAGUGUGUCUGCUUUACAAAUAUAUUGUGUUUUUGUUCUUCAUAAACCUUCGUAAAUUUUAAAAAUACUUCAAAAAUAUUUCAUAGAUAAAAAAUUGUUGCACAUAAACCAUCUCCAAUAAAAAUUAUUUUA